CACUAAUUUUUUCGCUGGAACGUGCUUGACGCGUUACCGCAMCGUAGUUCGACGCUUUUUUAGUCGUACAUCGCCCUAACGUCGAUCGUAGUCGGCCCAAUAAAAUUGAUACUCAUUCUUUACCGUACUAACCGUACCGUACAGCAAUACUGACUGUAUCGAACGGUAACAUGAUAAACAAUGCGAUAAUAUUAGACGCAAACGCGGCAGCUACCAGUCCUCGAUGACGACGUGCACAUAUUCACAAAAAUAAUCAUUUCUUCUCUUUGAUUGACUGCUAGCCCAAUCGAAUUGAAUCGAUGAUAGCAUCGUGCAACUGUGUCGGAGUUUAUCAAAAUGGUGGUGAUAAGAUGCGAAGAGGAAAGGGGAUUUUCUCUGGUGCAUUUCCAUUGGCCUCGUUUGUUCUGAUGCAUCUCGUCCUGCUUGCUUUUAUCUCCACCGAUGUUGCUGUUUUUGUGGGCGGUUCCGAUAUCAAUGCCGAGGGAUCUCAACCAAAGCUGGACCUGAAGGUACACCGGAAUUAUGCCAAGCGCAACCUCCUUGUCAACGGUGAACCCGUUGCUCUGUCCGAACAUCCCUUUUUUCUUAGAUCCUGGCCCGACAGCGURAGACUAACGAAUGAUGUUCUGUGCGGAGCCUCUCUCAUACACUCCGACAUGAUAGUGACCGCUGCGCAUUGUCAAGGCGCAUUCAAUUACGGGGUCAUGGCCUAUAACCCCUUCUCUGGCGAACUGGAUCAGUACAAGACCGUAGAUCUACAGAUUGCUUACCCCGCCUAUUACCGAUCCGAUUCGAUAAAUUACGACAUUAUGGUCAUGAGGCUCGAAUCCCCCGUCGUCGACGUCCAGCCAGUCGCUCUCAAUUACGAUCCAGACUUUCCCAUCCGGCGGGAAACAAAGAAAGACGAGGUUCYUGSACCAGUUUCGUUGUUGGAAGGUCUGGGUCUCGGGAUCACAGAAACCGGAGACGUAGCGGAUGGUCUAGAGAUUGGCCURUUUUCCGCUCUCACCAACGAUCAGUGCUUCGAGAGAUUCGGGAGGAACACCAAUGCUGCCGUCACAGAGGACAUUUUGUGUGCUGAUCCAUCGACCGACGAGAGCAUCUGUCUCGGGGACAGUGGGGGGCCUCUGACGGCUCGGUUGGAAGUAGKGGUUACAARCGACGGAGAUGUCAUCGAACACAGCGCCAUCGGSGGUAGAAGCGAUAGYGAUACCCCCUGGACUGACUCUCAGACUGCGGAUUUCGUGGUUGAUGUGCCUGUGCUAGUUGGAAUUAUCAGUUUUGGGAAUGACUGCCAGAGCGACAUGAUUCCAGAUGGGUUUGCACGGGUCAGUUAUUUUGCGGACUGGAUCACCGUGCAAGUCUGCAAGUAUUCCAGAGUUCCACCCCCGGAAUGUUCUAAAUACCGGCAAUCCGAGGCCUUUCAAAAUUUCCAAGCCGAGCAAAAUCCCAACGGAAUCAUCCCCUCUGGCAUUGCAAAGGUGACCCUCGAGUUUCAGCACGAUUUCUUGGCCGAGGAGACUAUAUUUGUCGUUCGAAACGCACAGAAUGGAUCGAUCGAAUACGUCGGGCCCGAAUAUGUACCCCAGAGGGGAGCUCGCGUUCGUAGCAGUUUUUGGCUGAAACCAGGAAACUAUGUGCUGGAGGUCCGCGAUGCGGGUGGCGAUGGUUUGAACAAUCCGGAUUUUGUCAACCCCGAUUAUCCGAGUGGUAGCUGGAGCCUUUCCGCGGAGUACAGCCACGGAGGUGUGUUGGAAUCCUUUGUCACGGGAGAUUCUCAGUUUGAGUCGUUGCAAACUACUGUGUUCCGACUUCCAMGCCAGAAGGAAGUCGAAUCAGGACCAACAUCGUCGCCGUCAGAGGCUCCCUCGUCGAACUAUAUCUACACGCCCGUUCCGAAAGUUACGACCGCGGCUUCCUCUGGUGAUUCGUUCUCAUCUACGAUGAUCCAUUAUUUCUCWAUAGGACUACUGUGUUGGUCUCUUCUCUUACAACACUUGUAGGAGUUUUUUUUUGUGGAGAACACAGAAUCGUUGCGAUCGCACGCAAAGGAACGACUUUCAAGGACACGGCCCAGUCGCAAGAUUGUCGAAUUACGCACACKAUAACAGYCAGCAUCCCCGAAGUCUAAACUUCGUCUUGGUUCAAAUCAAAGAGAGAAAAGGAWUGUUUAUAAUCAAUCAGCAGUAUAAAA